GAAGGGAGAGUGCGUCGUGUUCAUCUUAUGUACCCUGCUUUGCUCAAAAGACAGAUUCCUAUGUUUAGAGAGCGCAAUGCAGCCAUGACUUUUAUGGAAAGGAUGCUGUUCCAAGUCAUACUGACGAUUUCAACCAUCCUCCCUUUGAUGGCAGAACAGUGCCUUUCAAGGUACAUCUGUAGGACAAGUGAAGUUAACUAUAUAGCAAUGGAAAGCACUGCAAAUGUUUACUUGAAUGCAACGCCAAUCACUACCCACAACGUUACAAAUAUACCAGAUUGCCAAAGACAUUGUGUCAAGCAUUCUCUGUGUCAGUCACUGAACAUAAAGAACGACAGUAGUGAAAGCCUGAUUUGCCAACUUCUCAAAGAAAACUUUUACAGCGAGAACUCUUCUCUCGUCGCGGACAAUAAAUCCGUCCACCUCUAUAUUCCAAGCAAGUGCAAGAACAUACCAUGUCUGAAUGGUGGAACAUGCACUCCACAAUACAGAAAUGAUAACUACACAUGCAAAUGCAAGUCAACCAGCUAUGCCAUUUCCAGUGGAAGAAAUUGCGAAAAAAGUCUUACCGGACUUGCUUCAGCUUUUCUUCACUGGUCUUUUGACAACCCUGAUAAAAUGAUACCUGCAACCAGCAGUGAAGUGGCAGUUUCUGCUUACGUGCCUUCUAGAGUGAGAAUUGGAUAUGAACCAGGAAGGAAAACACCUGUCUUGAUUUGCAUAAUGGGUGUGGACGACGGAGCAUGCACUGAGUUCCCAGCCAAAAUUCCUUGUUUAACUGACUUUGCUACGUGUGGAACUACUGCCUCCUAUAGCUUGUGGAUCAAGUUUGCUGAAGAAGAGGUUGCCCGUGCACGACAAAAAUUUUUACUGCGUAACUACGCGAUCAGCAGCAGUUUCGGGGUGAAUUUUUAUGCUCGAGCUGCAAGCAAAGAUGGUUUUGAUUUUCAAGUGUCUCUCACCAGUGCCAAACGCUGGAGUAUCAGUUCAUUCGGCAAGAAUAUUACAAGAACACGGUGGAACCAUUUCGUCCUUACUGUUGAUGACAUUAAAGGAUUAUGUGCUUACGUCAAUGGACAAAAGAAUAUCUGCGGUGGAACAACUACUUCAGUUAGCCUAAGCACCACUUCGUCGGUUUUGAGAGUUGGUGGUGCCUGGGCUCAAGGUGCUGCACCAAGCAUAUACAUUGACGACCUUGCUAUCUGGAAAGCUGUGUUGACUGCUGAUGAUGUCAAAGAUUUGUUUCAAAGAACAAAACGCUGAUGCAAACAGGAACCUCAUUUCAACGACAAAAGUUCGCAAAGAAAACUUUCUAAAAACUGAAGCAUAAUUCACUACUUACUUUUUAGUCGCAAAAUGUGGCGUAAAAUCACUGAGCAUUGACAAAUACAAAAUUGCAUAGUAUAACUUGCUUUACGUCUUUAAUUUAAAAAGUAAAAAUUACUUUAUAUGUACUACGGCACUGGUUUAUUGCACCUAUACCACCCUAUCUUAGCAAUGAUGCAAAUGUGUUCCUUUCUGCAGUUACCUGCGCUGGUACAGGGUUGUAACUUAAAAUAAAUGCGUAGAUACUUGUAACGAUAUAAUUCUCUAAAGGCAGUUUACAACUCAAAAUGUUGUUUUGAGCUAAAUAUGCCGUUUAGGAAUUCUAAAAACUAUGUAGAUAUUUCAUUUGUGUGAUGUAAUGGAUCUACAGUGUCCUGUAGGGCUAGCUUUAAAUUUCCACUAGAUUAUUAAAUAGGAUCUGGGCGGAAUCUUAUUCUAAAACUGACAAAAACAUGCUUGCCCUUUGGUCAUCGUCAUCAUCGUCAUAAAAAAUUUUGUCAUCAAAAACUGCAAAAAAAACAAUUCAAUUCUAAGACUGCACAAAAUCUUUGAUUAUUCUCAGGAUAUUAAACUGGUUUUCUGCUUUUGUGAUUGGCGGUAUCACUUUAAACUUCAAUUUUUGUGAAAACAAUUUACUCCAUGAUUUUAAACUUUAACACCUUUACCAGCUCUACUUUUACAAGCAAACAUUUAUUGAAUCAUAAAUGUAGCAAAACUGUAUCGCGCUAGGCUUUUCUAUUCAUUUAUUUUAUGUUAUACAUCGCCUUGCCUGGUGCUUCAACUUUUCUUGAGCAACUCUUUCUACGCUAUGAUUGUCACGUAUUCAUAUUCUUGCAACUAGCAAUGUAUUUUACCUGUUUACCUCUCAUUAUGUAUCAUUUUCAAGAUCUAAUCUUCA